GCGAACGGAGCCGAAGCUUCCUUCCUGCUGGGGCGGCAGGUGUUGCUGGUGAUGGAGGCGGCAGUACCACAGUCGUCCCCCCCUUCUCCACCUCCAGAGUCGGGAGGCUGGAUCCUCUAAGGCCAGAAGUGUGGAAGACAGACACCGCAGCCAUGACCACCCACGUCACUUUGGAAGAUGCCCUGUCCAAUGUGGAUCUGCUGGAGGAACUGCCCCUCCCAGACCAGCAGCCAUGCAUCGAGCCCCCACCAUCCUCCAUCAUGUACCAGGCUAACUUUGACACGAACUUCGAGGACAGGAAUGCAUUUGUUACCGGCAUUGCAAGGUACAUCGAGCAGGCAACAGUCCACUCCAGCAUGAACGAAAUGCUGGAGGAGGGACACGACUAUGCCGUCAUGCUGUACACCUGGCGCAGCUGCUCCCGGGCCAUCCCGCAGGUGAAGUGCAACGAACAGCCCAACCGGGUAGAAAUCUACGAGAAGACCGUGGAGGUGCUGGAGCCAGAGGUCACCAAGCUCAUGAAAUUCAUGUACUUUCAGCGCAAGGCCAUCGAGCGCUUCUGUAGUGAGGUGAAGAGGUUGUGCCAUGCAGAGCGCAGGAAAGACUUUGUCUCCGAGGCCUACCUGCUGACCCUGGGCAAGUUCAUCAACAUGUUCGCAGUCUUGGAUGAGCUAAAGAACAUGAAGUGCAGCGUCAAGAAUGACCACUCUGCCUACAAGAGAGCGGCCCAGUUCCUGAGGAAGAUGGCCGACCCCCAGUCCAUCCAGGAAUCUCAGAACCUGUCCAUGUUCCUGGCCAAUCACAACAGGAUCACCCAGUGUCUUCACCAGCAACUGGAAGUGAUCCCAGGCUAUGAGGAACUGCUGGCCGACAUUGUCAACAUCUGUGUUGAUUACUAUGAGAAUAAGAUGUACCUGACGCCCAGUGAGAAACACAUGCUCCUCAAGGUGAUGGGCUUCGGCCUCUACCUGAUGGAUGGAAAUGUCAGUAACAUUUACAAACUGGACGCCAAGAAGAGAAUCAACCUUAGCAAAAUUGAUAAGUUUUUUAAGCAGCUGCAGGUGGUGCCUCUUUUCGGCGACAUGCAGAUAGAGCUGGCCAGAUACAUUAAGACCAGUGCUCACUAUGAAGAGAACAAGUCCAAGUGGACAUGCACUCAGAGCAGCAUCAGCCCCCAGUACAACAUCUGCGAGCAGAUGGUCCAGAUCCGGGAUGACCACAUCCGAUUCAUCUCUGAGCUGGCUCGCUACAGCAACAGCGAGGUGGUGACAGGCUCAGGGCUGGACAGCCAGAAGUCAGAUGAAGAGUACCGGGAGCUUUUUGACCUGGCCCUGCGAGGCCUGCAGCUUCUCUCCAAGUGGAGCGCCCACGUCAUGGAGGUGUACUCUUGGAAGCUGGUUCACCCCACAGACAAAUUUUGCAACAAGGACUGCCCGGGCACAGCGGAAGAAUAUGAGAGAGCCACGCGCUACAAUUACACCAGCGAGGAGAAGUUUGCCUUUGUGGAGGUGAUCGCCAUGAUUAAGGGUCUGCAGGUGCUCAUGGGGAGGAUGGAGAGUGUCUUCAACCAGGCCAUCCGCAACACUAUCUAUGCCGCCCUGCAAGAUUUCGCCCAGGUGACGCUGCGGGAGCCAUUGCGGCAAGCAGUACGCAAGAAGAAGAAUGUCCUCAUCAGUGUCCUACAGGCAAUUCGCAAGACCAUCUGUGACUGGGAGGGAGGCCGAGAGCCCCCCAAUGACCCAUGCCUAAGGGGGGAGAAGGACCCCAAAGGUGGCUUCGAUAUCAAGGUGCCCCGUCGUGCUGUGGGACCGUCCAGCACACAGCUGUACAUGGUUCGUACCAUGCUGGAGUCCCUCAUCGCAGACAAGAGCGGCUCCAAGAAGACACUCAGAAGCAGCCUGGAUGGCCCUAUUGUCCUUGCCAUAGAGGACUUCCACAAGCAGUCUUUCUUCUUCACACACCUGCUGAACAUCAGCGAAGCCCUUCAGCAGUGUUGCGACCUCUCCCAGCUCUGGUUCCGAGAAUUCUUCCUGGAGUUAACCAUGGGCCGGCGAAUCCAGUUCCCAAUUGAGAUGUCCAUGCCCUGGAUUCUAACGGACCAUAUCCUGGAAACCAAAGAACCUUCUAUGAUGGAGUAUGUCCUCUACCCCUUGGAUCUAUACAACGACAGCGCCUACUAUGCUCUCACCAAGUUCAAAAAGCAGUUCCUGUAUGAUGAGAUUGAAGCCGAGGUGAACCUGUGCUUUGAUCAGUUUGUCUACAAGCUGGCGGACCAGAUCUUUGCCUACUACAAAGCCAUGGCGGGCAGUGUCCUGUUGGAUAAACGUUUUCGAGCUGAGUGUAAGAAUUAUGGAGUGAUCAUUCCAUACCCACCAUCCAACCGCUAUGAGACGCUGCUAAAACAGAGACACGUCCAGCUGUUGGGUAGAUCAAUUGACUUGAACAGGCUCAUCACCCAGCGCAUUUCUGCUGCCAUGUACAAAUCCUUGGACCAGGCAAUCAGCCGCUUUGAGAGUGAAGACCUGACUUCCAUUGUGGAGCUGGAGUGGCUGCUGGAGAUUAACCGGCUCACACACCGACUCCUCUGUAAGCACAUGACACUAGACAGCUUCGACGCCAUGUUCCGGGAGGCCAAUCACAAUGUGUCUGCCCCCUAUGGCCGGAUCACCCUGCAUGUCUUCUGGGAGCUGAACUUUGACUUCCUCCCCAACUACUGCUACAAUGGAUCCACAAACCGUUUUGUCCGAACUGCCAUCCCUUUCACCCAAGAACCGCAACGAGAUAAACCCGCCAACGUCCAGCCUUAUUACCUCUAUGGAUCCAAGCCUCUCAACAUUGCCUACAGCCACAUCUAUAGCUCCUACAGGAACUUUGUGGGGCCCCCUCACUUUAAGACCAUCUGCAGACUGCUGGGCUACCAGGGCAUCGCCGUAGUCAUGGAGGAACUGCUGAAAAUCGUCAAGAGCUUGCUCCAAGGCACCAUCCUGCAGUACGUGAAGACGCUGAUAGAGGUGAUGCCUAAGAUUUGCCGUUUGCCUCGGCACGAGUACGGCUCCCCAGGGAUCCUGGAGUUCUUCCACCAUCAACUGAAGGACAUCAUUGAGUAUGCAGAACUCAAGACAGACGUGUUCCAGAGCCUCAGAGAGGUGGGCAACGCCAUUCUGUUCUGCCUCCUCAUAGAGCAAGCUCUGUCUCAGGAGGAAGUCUGUGAUCUGCUUCAUGCUGCACCCUUCCAAAACAUCCUGCCCCGGGUCUACAUUAAAGAGGGGGAGCGCCUGGAAGUCCGGAUGAAGCGCCUGGAAGCCAAGUACGCCCCACUUCACCUGGUUCCCCUGAUAGAGCGGCUGGGGACACCUCAGCAAAUCGCCAUCGCCCGGGAAGGUGACCUGCUGACUAAGGAACGACUCUGCUGUGGCCUGUCCAUGUUCGAGGUCAUCCUCACCCGAAUUAGGAGCUACCUGCAGGACCCCAUCUGGAGGGGUCCGCCGCCCACCAAUGGCGUCAUGCACGUGGAUGAGUGUGUUGAGUUCCACCGGCUGUGGAGCGCCAUGCAGUUUGUCUACUGCAUCCCUGUGGGGACCAACGAGUUCACAGCUGAGCAGUGCUUUGGUGAUGGCUUGAACUGGGCUGGCUGCUCCAUCAUCGUCUUGCUGGGCCAGCAGCGACGUUUUGACCUGUUUGAUUUCUGCUACCAUCUGUUGAAGGUGCAGAGGCAGGACGGGAAGGAUGAAAUCAUCAAGAACGUGCCCCUGAAGAAGAUGGCUGACCGCAUCAGGAAGUACCAGAUCUUGAACAAUGAGGUUUUUGCCAUCCUGAACAAGUACAUGAAGUCCGUGGAGACAGACAGCUCCACUGUGGAGCACGUGCGCUGUUUCCAGCCCCCGAUCCACCAGUCGCUGGCUACCACCUGCUAGGCAGAAAGUCCUGCAGACCUUCAACCUGGAGGAGGAGGAGAAGCAGGAGAGAGAACACAGCAGUCAGCCUACUGCAGGUCCAGCUAACAGUGUAUGGGACGGGCCUGGAAAGAAAAGAAAACUUCCCCGACACAUCUGCACCACUCCCAAGGGCUGGGUUCCUGCAUGUUCUCCCAUGAUAUCUCCAUGGUGGGUUUUCCAUAGUGUAAACGAAAAACAACGAAAACACAGGACGGUGUGUGCUUUCUUCUUCUUUUGUUUCCUACCUUAACUGUAUCUAAGAGCUACUGUUUCCAUCCUGCAGCUGCCUACCCCAUCUGUGAUUGCUUCCCAAGACCACUCCCCAACAUCCUUACCUCCUACCCAGUAUCUGUGUUUGGUCCAGCACUGUAAUCUUAAGAGAAGACUGUAGCCAUAGCAGAGAAAUGAGCCUGACCCAGUCAUGUGCCUCAGCUUACUGGGCCCGUCUUCGGGGUUCCCCCUCCAGUUCCCUGAUCACAUUGCUUCAUGUGCUAGAUGUUAGGGAUUCCACCAUCAAGGUUUGACCCUUGGUGAACCAGGAAGAGGUUUUAAUCUGUUAGGAUAAUAGAUGAUAUUGACCAGGACCUUUUACAGUCUCCCGCAGGCCCACCCUAGUGCCUCCUUGCAGAACAGUCCUAGAAAGAAGAAAAUAAUGCUCUUGAAACCAUAUCCCACCGAGUGGAACAAGGUGAAGAAAAGGACCAGGCCUACCAUGUGGAAGCAAUAUCUGUCAGCACGGGCCAAAACUCCAGCUCCCAAAGGAGAGAUGUUAGACCUUAGGGGGGUGGGGGGAGAUGAGGCACUCCUGUUCCACACACAGGUGCUUAGCACUGGACCACAUGGAAAUGGACGUGUUGGCCAUGGCACUACACAGCAUUAGGCAGAGACCAAACUGAUGACUGCUUAACACAGGCCCUUAUCCAGAAGAAUAUCCCCCACACACACACAUAAAAAAAAGAAGACUUUACAGGCUUACUUCAACAGACGGCUAAGAUAUCUUGGAGACAGGGAGGCAAGGAGGAAAAAUCUUUGUCAACCAGCUUUCAAUCCUGAGCGUGGGCUUGGGCAUGGGCAUGGGCAUGCAUGCAUGCACACACACACACACACACACACACCUUUGAGCAAACUGGAAUUUUCAUCAUGUCAGCUGCUAAAAGAUUCUUGAACCAUUCAACUCUUUUGCUCUCAACUUCCUGGUCUCUUCCUUUUGCCCAGGCUCAGUGCUGGGGUGUAGAUUCUCUCACAGGGGUGCAUUGACUUCUGCAUUCCACGCUAAAUCAAACACGGCUGUAGAAUCUCCAUGUAUAGCAGAUCUUUAAGGAGGUGCCCAUGGCUCUGUCCAGAGCUAGUCUUUCGACCUGCAGAGGGAAGCCAUAGCCCUGAGCCCCCAAAACAUAGGAAGGGGAUGAGAGAUACUCCUUUUCUAGCCUGGGAGUAAGAGAGAAAACGGAGAACUAACCAUCCCGGCCCCCAGGAAGGUGACUGACAUCUAUCACCAUUUUUAACCACACAGGGAACAGAGGAGAUAUGCAUGUCCAGUGCCUUUGAGAGAGAGACGUGGCCACAUACUCCAGUGUGGUCAUGGAAAUUAUAACUCUUGAGGAUCUUGAGAACUUGAGAAACUUGAGUAUUCAUUCCCGGACACCAAGUCUGAAUCUCUGGGAAUACGGCCAGAAGAUCUGAAUCUUUCCCGUUGCUAUCCUGCAUAUCACAGACUCAGAGCCCAGCUGUCGAUUGGACCCCUUCACUAGCUCUGGGCAUUGAGGUCUCUCUGAGCAAGAAUAGGAGCCAUUUGUAGUUUAGGGAUGUGGUUUGAAAUGGAAGCUGGCCAGCCUUCCUGUCUGGCACUAUUAAUUCCUAGUCUGAUUGUUUCUCUCCUUUGAUGACCAUAGAUGUACCCCAGAGGCAGAUUUCAAAUCUUUGGCCCUGGUGGGGAAUAGCACUUCAUUUUACACUCUAGAGAUUUGCGCCAUUCGCUUGGUAAGACUGCCUUUCUGGCAACUCAUCCCUCCCACCCUGCACUCCUGACCCCCAACAGUUGACCCUGUGGGAAGAGUCACAUUCUCCUCAGGAGAGUUGAUCCCAAUAAAUUGAGGUCCUCACUCCGAGGACAGAGAUUUCAUUUCUUCAGCACUUGCCUGUGGACACUGGACAACUUCAAUGUUCUUUCCUCUCUAGCUCUCCUUGUCCCUACCCCCCUUUUUGAUUUUUUUAAUGUAUUUAAAAAUCAAGAAAAAAAAAGCUUAGAUUUUAAAAUGUUUUAAAAAGAAUUCUGUUUCAGAAACUGUCAAAUGUGUACCAUAUUUGUAUUAAGAGUUGUUGGGGAUUUUUGUACAAUGAAUUUACAUUUAUUUAUGGUGAACUUCUAUUUACGCUUGUGAUCAGAUAAUGAUGUUAAAUUCUUAGAUCAUAUUUGCUAUGCAGCUGAAGAGGAUAUUUUGAUUUGUAUUUUGGGGGUACCUGUGUUGAGUUGAUAAAACAUUUUCAUCUCCAUUAAAACUGCUUCCAAACUAGA